AUGGACGAACUCCUCGGACGGCGGCUGGCCGGCUCCGCUCUCACCGCGAGCGCUCGGAGAAACAUCCACAAGAAAAGAUUUUUUCGGGUGCCUGACAGCGUCGCCGGGUAUCCGUUAGCGCGACGAAAACGUUUAAUCGCUGCAACGGCCACCGUGGUCAUACCCAGAGUCUACCCCGCGGCGCUAAGUUGCGGGGCUGCGCUGGCGGUGCGGGACUGCAUUCAAAAAACACUGAAUGAAUGGAGCUCAAAGAUCGGACAAGAUCUAAAUCAGGAAGUACCGGAGGUUCUGGAAUGUACUGUAGCUCAAGCUAUAGAAAAAAUAAAUCCUGAAGAAAGAGAUGAAUUGAAAGUAUCAGCAAAACUUUUCAUCGUUGGAUCAAACUCUUCAUCAAUCAGAGAUGCAGUUGGCAUGGCGUGUUCUGCUCUUGGAGUUGCUCAGUUAGAUUCUGUCAUUAUCGCCCCGCCUCCUGUUGAAGAUGGAAUUAGCCUCUCCUUGGAGUAUUUACAACCUUAUUGGCAAGAACUUGAAAAUCUAGUUCAAAACAAAAAGAUUGUUGCCAUAGGUACCUCUGACUUAGAUAAAAUACUGUUAGAGCAGCUGUAUCUGUGGGCACAGGUGAAACCAAGUAGUAACCAGGUAAACCUAGCUUCCUGUUGUGUUAUGCCACCUGAUCUCACAGCAUUUGCAAAACAAUUUGACAUACAGCUAUUAACUCACAAUGAUCCAAAAGAGUUGCUUUGUGAAGCAAGUUUCCAAGAAGUUCUUCAGGAAAGCAUCCAGAACACGAAAGCCCACGAAUGGACUCCUUUAUGGCUUCUCCGGUAUUCAGUCAUUGUUAAAAGCAGAGGAAUUAUCAAGUCCAAAGGCUAUAUCUUACAAGCUAAAAAAAAUGUCUCUUAAAACACUUCCUCAUUUUUACGAUAGCUUGCUAUUUGAAUUUCUUGGUGACAAGGGGAACAUUGUGUGGUUUUUUUGUUUUGUUUUUUGUAGGAAGACUUUCACAACAGCUGUAACAAAGACCAAAAGUUGUAAUUUUUCAAAUGGGUGUCAGCAAGAGUGUCUGUCUGCAGUGUUCUAAUAUUAUUUUUUCUUAACCUAUUCACCAGUUCAUUUAAAAUAUGAAAUAUUUUGUUUCCAUUAAACUGUUUUCUAACUGAAAUGAUCUAUAAAGAAAAUGUUCAAAGUAUUUUUCUUUUAUAUGACCACUACACUGUAAAGCUAUUACUACCUGAGGGUAGCUAAAAUAUAGUCUAAAGAAACUUGUAUAUUUUUAUUUUUUAACAGGUUGAAUUUCUUUAAAAUAAUAGCUACUAGCCUGGUAGGCACCCAGAUUUCAGACUUUCAAAGACUAAUUUGUAUAGAUAACUCAUCUUUCAUGAAAAAUUAUCUGAGAAAAUUAAGUUGGUACGUUAUUACUUGGUUAUAAGCAAGUCAGCUGUUUUAUUUGGGUGGAUGGGAAAACUGAUUUAUUUUCACUACAAUAUAAAAGACAUCUGUGGUUCGGGGGGCGGGGAGAAAAUGUCUUCAAAAUUACUUUGAGUGUUACUUGAAUUCCUUCUGGCUUCUUUGUGCCUCCAUAUGUGAUUUAGGUACGAGGGUGAUGACGUCUUUACAGUUUGAAAUAGAAAAUGUAUUCUUGUGUGGGUGUUUAAGAGCUGGAAACAAGUCAUGAAAAACCUUGGAGAUUGAAAAUCAUAAUGUGCCUGGUUUAUUCUUAACUGUGGCUUGUUUGUUGAUAUUCAGGAGCCGCAGAAGAGAUGAUAAAUGUGAGGCUGUUGGUUGUAUCAUUAUAUACAGUGGAUGACUGACAUUGGAGUUGCCUGGGAAACUUUGUUGCUUGAGUGCCAUUCAGAAGUGACACUAGCCUUAGCGUGAGGCCACGUAUGUUUCUUUGUGGUGCUAGCUUACUAUGUACUGUACUGCUAGCUUUUAAAUCCUGGAGAGAGUGCUGCAGUUAAGGCAAGGCUUUUGGUUUCAUAUAGUCUUUCUAUUCAAUAGGCGUUUUCAUUUCCUAGGCCUUUAAAUCGGAACAGAUAGCAGAAAUUCAACCUGCAAUUCAGCAGGCGCUUGAUACAAAGUUUCUAACCUCAAGCAUUUUCCUAGUGAUUUCAGAUAGUAAUAGAGCUUUAUGCUGGAACUUGUUAACUUUGUUUAACAUGUUUUGAGCUUUGGACUGUGAGGGAACUAACUUUCACUAUGUAGGCAACUAGUGGAAUUUCAAUGCUUGUAGGCGCUAUCUAGAAGUACCAACUUACUAUAGUCAUUCCACUAAUUCAAAACAUGAGGAUUCAAAAAUAUUUUGAUAAAGGUUAGAGUAUCUUAUUUGUGUGUGGCAAAUUCAGGAAGUCCUAGACUACUUCAGUUUCGUUAAAUAACGGAGGGAACUGGAACUAGUAAUGCAACAAGAAAAUGUUUGGGGUUUUUUGUUUUUUCUCUUAAUCAAGAUUUAGUUGUCUUUUAUGCAGGGUCUGUGUGUAUCAGGCUUUCAAAAUAAGAUGAGGUUCACUUCAAACUUCUCUGCCGGCCUAGAGUUGUGUGCUGCUGAUGACUAACCACUAUUUGUAAAUUCUGUUUCUGUGGUGGACUGUUGACAACCUGUAUUGUAUUAGACUCGCAUAUGUGUUCAGUUUUACAAAUUGAAAUACUACAAAACAAGAGUUGUGCUAAAAACAAUGUACAGGUGGUUCUAAUGGGAUGAUUAUUUCCUUACUGUAAACCAUUAACAGUUCUCUUGCUAUAGAAAAGUACAUUUUAAGAGAAGAUGAUCUUAUUUUUGUAAGGUCACUGAUAGUGUAGCAAUUUAUCAGGUUAUCUGAUUAUUGAUUUGUUUUGCAUUAAUAUGUUCCUCAUGAAAGGAAAUCUCUCAUGAAAAAAUUAAAAUUUGAAUUUUAUGUACACUUUUCAUCUAUGCUUCGCAUGAAUUCUGAAUAUCUCAGUGAUAGCAUUUUACACUUUCUGUGACUUUAUCGUGAAAUGGCAUCUAUUAAUAGAGACUGCAUACUCUUGGAUACUAUAUACUACUCUAUAUUAAUAGAGACUGCAUCCUGUUGGAUGGUUUACUGAUCUGAAAUUACCCCAUUCACAAAUUUUAACAGUAUGGAAAAAAAAUCAGAUGCUUCAACACUGAAGACGUACAUUAGUAUGUCAAGUGUUCUUUUCUCCCCCCUCUAUGCUUAUGUCUUUAUAACCAGCUUUCUUUGGAUUGCAUUGUUAGAGCAAUCAGUCCGUGUGAAGGAAAUGGAGAUCCACGUGUAAUAUACUGGUUUCUUCUUGCCGAAAGCGUGUUAAUAUUUACCUAUUUUGUUCAUUAAACUGAAUUGGAUAUUAA